CGUAAAUGGUUCCAUACUCAACCACGUCGUGACAUCGUUAGCAGGUUCCAGCUCGCUUUCAAUCGUCCCCUCGUGCUUCUAGGUGGAGAGCAGGCGACAGACUCGGCCCAUAUGUUGACAUCUUUGUUCGAGACCCCAUUCUAGAGUGCGCACGAUGUUCCCUCCCAUUGAAGGCGUGAAUCUCAGCAUCACCGCUCUUAGUGGCAUAUGCGGCUCCAUUUCUAUCGCAUGCUGGAUAGUCGUGUUCUCCCCGCAAAUCGCUGAGAACUUCCGAAGCCAAGCCGAAGGAUUGUCCGUCGCCUUUAUCGUUGUGUGGUCACUGGGCGAUGUCUUCAACGCACUCGGCGGCAUCUUGCAGGGCGUGUUGCCCACCAUGAUCAUCUUGGCCGUUUACUACUUGCUAGUGGACAUUGUGCUUCUUGGACAGUGCUUCUACUAUAAGGGCUUCUCGCUGACAGACCGGCCGGUGGAAGAUGUCGCCAAACCGAAUGCUGAGGAGACUGGGCCCAGUGCAACGGAGCAUACACGCCUCCUCCUUGACAACGCUCAUGAUAACAAUGCUGCUGCGCCGCGUUCCACUUUACAGCGAACCGCUUCCCAGGUUUCCUUUCAUGAACGCUUGUUCCCCGUAGACGCAACUCAUCUUUCCCCGGCAACCCCGCUUCAUUCGAAUCAUGCGGAACGACGACGAACCGUGCAGCCUCCUCGCUCUCUACUUCAAAGCUUCCUUGUCAACUUUUUCGUGGUGCUUCUUGUCCUCAUUGCGGGCGUUUUUGGGUGGUUCCUCAGCCAUCUGAGCGCAGAUGCCAUGAUUCCAGAUGAACCUGUGGAGGCGCCCUCCUUCAACGUCCUCGGUCAGGUCUUUGGUUAUAUUUGCUCCGUCCUCUACCUGGGUUCGCGGGUGCCCCAAUUACUCCUAAAUCAUCGUCGUAGAACCACAGACGGGAUUUCAAUGCUCUUCUUUCUCUUCGCUUGCAUUGGCAACGCUACAUACAACAUCAGCAUAUUUGCAUAUUCUCCAGAAUCCGUUUGCGAAGUUCCUAUGCAUUGUAAGACAGGUGAAGCCGCACAGAUCUAUUGGAAACACAUCGCAGUCAACCUCUCGUGGAUCAUUGGCAGUCUGGGCACUUUAAUACUAGACAUGGGCGUCUUCGUUCAGUAUUUCAUGUACAAGAAAGAGAGCAAAGAGGAAGAGGAGAGUGAGGUGAGCUCCGAUGAUAACACGCAAACGCUUUUCUAGGCUCAGGAUGAGGAUCUUGUGACCAGACCACCAUCGUCUGAAAUCUUCUAGAUCCUCGAUGCAUAGAAUAUAGAGCCCGAUGUUGAAGAAGGGUGACAUUUUGGGCAAUGAAAGAAGACGAGUGUAUGCUUAUGAUUUCAUGCUCCAUUCUUGUGAUUAUUACAAAGCCUGGGACGACUAACCCAAAACUUUCUCAA